AAUAUUUAAUACACUUUGUAUUUUAUGAUGGUUGAUAUAUCACACAUACCGGACUGGAGCAUACAUGGAUUGGACUGACAAAGAAACUGCCAAAAUAUUUUGAUCCGAAGGUCCAGGAAUGCUGUUCCAGAACCUGCUGUCAGCAUAAAUAAUUUUCAGUGCAUCUGACAUUAUUCAAUCUAAUCACCGUGACUGAGGAAUGAGAAGUCAUUGCCAUCCAAAUCUACAAGCAGUCAAAACCUUAAAUCACAGUAUGCUUAAAGUCCUGCUGCAGCAGUUUCUUCCUCAUGCCAUUUUAUCUCAGUAUGCAGCUCAUGCUCUCAGCAGCACUGAAGCUUCUAGACACCAAAAGGUCACAGAAGUUAUAAAUCUGUCAUCUGUCAAAGGACACUGCUCACCACAUGCUCAAAUCUGCAGGAUUUUAGUCAGAAAAGACCUUGAAACAUCACCAGAUGCGUAGUUACAGUAAUCUGGUUGCUUAUCAGAGCUUUAUGGCAUGUUUCGAAAUCAUUCUCUGUUGAUCUUACAAUGCAGCAUUAUUAGAUAAGCUGCCAUUGGCUUUUUGGUGGUUAUUUUCUUGAAAUGUAUCAUUUAUGUAUUGUUUCGGUAGACAGCACUUUUUUGAAAUGAGUAGAAUCCCAGGAGAAGAUCAGCGAGAUGCUGACACUCAAAUCGAAUCUCCUCUCGUCUGAGAGCGUUUGAUCUGCUUCUGUUUUUGUGCUGAAUCUGUGUUACACAAGCAAACGCCUGUACUCUCGUCAGACAGGGGCAGAAAAAGGUGAAGGAUGAACGGUUUUCAGAGUAUUGCUUUUCAUACAGGAUAGUAGGGAAUUUUACAAAUUGUGGACCUGGAACAGCCGUGGAAACACUAUUAGGUAGUUAUACUUUAUCAACUAGACAUCAUUCUUGCUGAAUGUAGUAAAACUUACUCAGAAGAACUCUGUUCCAAAACCAUUUUAACAUCAUGUUAAAAGUUUAACCUGUCUCAAGUUUCCUGCAUCACAUUUCAUUACAUUUCUUGCUGGUUUUAAACACAGAAACAAAGCCUGUGUGACUGAUUUAAAGAACUCCACAAAAGAAGCCAUUCAAUACAAAUGAGAAUCCUUGACUCAAAAUUGAUUCCAAUAGAACAGCAUACUGUACUUGACUGUUAGUUAAAUACAUUGAACUAUUGUUUAAAUCAAGUAUAUUACUAGUCAACAUUGGAUGAACUUACAUAACAGAAUGAUGAGAAGUUUGUCAUUUAUAAGUCAAUUUAGAUAAAAGCAUAUGCUUAAGUUAGAAUUUCAUGGAGGAUUUAUGGAGGAUAUAUAUAACUCUCUAUAGAUAUAUGUUUAAUGUUUGUAACAGUAUAUGCACAGAAUUUAGCGCUCGUGUUCACAGAGACCGAGGCGGCAGAAAGCGCAUUUUGUUUGCUUUUAUUAUUGUGAGUGCACACAAAUAAACGUAGAAUCUUUACAGAUUUGAAAGAUGUUUUACUCUUAUCUGUAUGACCAAAAAUGAGGGAGUAUUUUAAGAGCAAGUGAGCACACCAGCGCCUCCAUCUGAUGCAAGCUCUGCAUACUUCUCCCUUUCCAUCUCAAAUGCUGCCUCCAUUCCAUCUUGCCAUGGCACAGUUAGUUCGGGCAUGAUGACAGUCUUUGUUGUGGCAGACCAGAUUACAAUGUCAGGUCGAAGAGAUGUUAUGACAAUCUGCUGUGGGAACUUCAAUUGGCAACCAAGAUCGGCUCUCAGGUCCCACUCACCUCCCGGUGACAACAGGGACCUCUCCCGUAUGAAGCUGCUUAGCACCUCUCCCCCAUGCCUGACAAAUUGAAUAGGCUGGUAUGAUGUUGACAUGCUGGCUUUGCUCACUUCAAGUCUGCGUGCUUCAAUGACCUCUGCUAGCUUCUGCAGGACGUGGUCGUGGCACCACCCGUGCCGGACCUGGUUCAGAGCAGCCUUACAGCCAGAGAGGAUAUGUUGUAGACUGGGACUCUGGUGGUCACAGAGCUGGUGAAACUCUUUUAUGCCGUACCAGUGGUGCAGGUUUUGGGGGCUUGGGAGGGUAUCAUAUGUGGCCCUGAUCAGGAAACGUAACCGUGUUUGGGGCAGCUUCCACAGAUCAGCCCAUUUGUGGGCCUGUUGAUUAUGGCCUCCCAGGUCGCCCAUUUCCGUUGCUGGGAUCGGCUCACAGCUUUGUAGCUUUCCUCUUUCUCCUUCAUGACCUCCUGAACAAUCAGUCUUUUCCUCUCUAUCUUUGUGGCUUUGGACAACAUGCUGGUUGAUGUUGUCCAUCCGAAGCUUGCCCUUCCAUGCUGUAUCAAUCCCACCACCUCUUGGUGUUUCAGACGAGUUAUGGCCUGAUGCACUGCUUGUGGUGCAUCCCAUUUUCUUACUUGGGCAUUAGGCAUAUAUAUAUAUAUAUAAAACCCAUACAGGGAUAUUUUUUGCUUUCAUAACUUGAAUCAUAUGUUCAUUCUAACUGCAUUCUAAUAAGCAUCAUCAUGCAAUCUAUGCUUUUGGACUCUCAAUACAUGUUUUGUGCGUGUAUAUUGGAGUCACCUAAAAUUCUGAAAUAGACUUAUAUUUUUCACUGUCUGCUGUCUGUAAUGUUACAGCUCAGGAUAGUCACUAGUGAAGGGUCAAUCAGUCAGCCGUUGUGUUCCUGUGACUUUAGAUUGACAAGUCAUAUUUUUGGUGAUUGGCUCAAAUAGUUUUUCCAGGGAGUCACACACAUGCCAAGAACUGCCACUGAGAUGAAUGGAAAUGCAAGCAGAUAGUUUUCUCCAGGUAUAUUAGACCUCAUAGGUGAGAACCGUGUGUAUAAAGAGAGAGUGAGAGCAAGAGAACAAGGUCAGGCCACUUCUGACAGGUCAGCAGUCCACUCCCAACAUGCCUCUGGGGAGGAGGCGAGCAGAAAACACUGGUGCAACACCGGGAAGAGAAGCAGUCCCUCCCUAUGAGAGAGAGAGAGAGAGAGAGAGACAGAAUGAGAUAAAGACAGUGUAAGUUUGUAUUAGAGAGACGCUGCUGAUGUCACUGCUGUAAUCGCUGUGUGUGUGAGUGUGUGCAUGCAUGAGUGUGUGUGUGUGUGUGAAUGUGCUGAAGUUGGACAUCAGUUGAAGCGCAUGCUGCAUGAGGUGAAACCGUCCUGACUCAAUCUGGAGUGAAAAACACCAGGGACAUGCAGAAUUUGGAUCUUUACAGCCGACUGGAUUCUCAGAGGAUGCAGUGUGUUUUCUGCAGGCUGAAUGUCGUUGAUCAGAUGCACUGUUAGUGCUGUGGAGGAGGGGUGCAGGAAGCCUCUGCUGCUACAGUAAGAAGCAGGUUACAUGCUGCAGAUGUCGGCCAAGACCUCCCAUAAAUCCAGCACAGAUCUCUGACACUGCUUCAUCCCUCGCCUUCUUUCUAGGACUGUAUACUAUAAGAAAUAAAGAGGAAUGAUGAGGAGGCCGUGGUGGACAGAGGAGGCACUCGCUCCAUGCUUAAAGCUGGACUGGAGAAGGAGGAGCUAGAGGGUCACAGGACUCUGUAUAUCGGGGUUCAUGUUCCUCUGGGCAGAAGAACCCGCCGCCGUCAUCGGCAUCACGGACACCGACACAGAAAGAGGAGCAGGGAGAGAGACUCGGGCGUCGAAGACGGACAUGAAUCUCCUUCAUACAAUACUCCCUCCCAGAGGGUUCAGUUUCUGCUGGGUACUGAGGAUGAUGAUGAAGAGCACAUACCACAUGACCUCUUCACCGAGCUGGACGAGAUCUGCCUGCGUGACGGAGAGGAUGCUGAGUGGAGAGAAACCGCCAGGUGGCUGAAGUUCGAAGAGGACGUGGAGGAUGGAGGUGAGCGCUGGAGUAAACCAUACGUUGCGACGCUCUCUCUGCACAGUCUCUUUGAGCUGCGGAGCUGCAUCAUCAACGGCACCGUCAUGCUGGACAUGAGAGCCAGCUCUCUGGAGGAGGUUGCAGAAAUGGUGCUGGACCAGCAGGAAGUGGCCGGGCAUCUGGAAGAGGAUGUCAGGAAGAAGGUCAAAGAAGCUCUUCUGAAGCAGCACCAUCAUCAGAACCAGAAGAAACUGGCCAAUCGGAUUCCCAUCGUCCGCUCUUUCGCCGACAUUGGCAAGAGGCAGUCUGAGACCAACUGCAUGGACAAAAACGGUCAGAUGAUUCCACCGCAGUCUCAAACGCUGACCACCGAGGGCAAGAAUGACGUGAGCCGUGAAAACAGUGCUGUGGACUUCAGCAAGAUAGACCUGCACUUCAUGAAGAAGAUUCCUCCGGGCGCAGAGGCCUCUAAUGUUUUGGUUGGAGAGCUGGAGUUUCUGGACAGGCCUGUCGUGGCAUUCGUCCGCCUCUCUCCUGCUGUGCUGCUGAACGGCCUGGCAGAGGUGCCCAUUACCACCAGGUUUCUGUUCAUCCUGCUGGGGCCUCUGGGUAAAGGACCACAAUAUCAUGAGAUUGGCAGAUCGAUUGCUACUUUAAUGACAGAUGAGGUUUUCCAUGAUGUGGCCUAUAAAGCUAAAGACCGCAAUGAUCUGAUUGCUGGAAUUGAUGAAUUUCUUGACCAAGUUACAGUUCUGCCACCGGGAGAAUGGGACCCGUCCAUCAGGAUAGAGCCGCCAAAAAACGUCCCGUCCCAGGAGAAGAGAAAGAUCCCUGCAGUGCCUAAUGGAGAGCUGGCAGAGCCGGAGGAACAUGGUGGACAUGGAGGCCCUGAGCUGCAGCGCACCGGGAGGUUUUUUGGUGGAUUGGUUCUGGAUGUGAAGAGGAAGGCUCCGCACUUCCUGUCGGAUUUCACAGAUGCGCUCAGCCUGCAGUGUUUGGCCUCUUUCCUGUUCCUGUACUGCGCCUGUAUGUCCCCUGUUAUCACCUUCGGAGGACUGCUGGGAGAAGCCACAGAGGGACGCAUAAGUGCAAUAGAAUCGCUGUUUGGAGCCUCCAUGACUGGAAUUGCUUACUCGCUUUUUGGCGGCCAGCCUCUCACUAUUCUGGGCAGCACCGGACCGGUCCUGGUGUUUGAGAAAAUAUUAUUCAAAUUCUGCAAGGAGUAUGGGUUGUCGUAUCUGUCCCUCAGGGCAUGUAUCGGGCUGUGGACGGCGUUCCUCUGUCUGCUGCUGGUGGCCACUGAUGCCAGCUCCCUCGUCUGUUACAUCACACGCUUCACGGAGGAGGCCUUCGCCUCUCUCAUCUGCAUCAUCUUCAUCUACGAGGCCUUGGAGAAGCUCAUUCAUCUCGGGGAGACGUAUCCCAUUAACAUGAACAACAAUCUGGAGAAACUCACCACUUACAGAUGUUCCUGUAUUGAGCCUGCAAACCCCAGCAAUGCCACUCUUCAAUAUUGGGAGCAGAACAACAUCUCAGCUCCGGAGAUCUUCUGGGAGGCUCUGGAAGUUCAGGACUGCAUUGAGAAGAAAGGAGAGUUUGUGGGGUCGGCUUGCGGGCCUCAUGGUCCGUAUGUUCCUGACGUUCUCUUCUGGUCUGUAGUCCUUUUCUUCUCUACUGUGGCCAUGUCAGCGUUCCUCAAAGAAUUCAAGACCAGCCGCUACUUCCCCACCAAGGUCAGAGCCAUCAUCAGUGACUUUGCAGUCUUCAUCACUAUUGCUACGAUGGUUCUGGUGGAUUAUGCUUUAGGAGUGCCUUCCCCCAAACUGAAGGUCCCUAAUGUGUUUAAGCCAACUCGUGACGAUCGUGGGUGGUUCAUUAACCCGCUGGGUCCGAACCCGUGGUGGACGUGUGUGAUUACAGUCGUUCCCGCCCUCCUCUGCACCAUCCUCAUCUUUAUGGACCAGCAGAUCACAGCUGUGAUCAUCAACAGGAAGGAGCACAAGCUGAAGAAAGGCUGUGGCUAUCAUCUGGACCUGUUCAUGGUGGGCGUGAUGCUGGGUGUCUGUUCUCUGAUGGGGCUGCCGUGGUUCGUGGCAGCAACGGUUCUGUCCAUCACUCACGUCAACAGUCUGAAGCUGGAGUCCGAGUGUUCGGCGCCUGGAGAACAGCCCAAGUUCCUCGGGAUCAGAGAGCAGCGGGUCACCGGCCUCAUGAUCUUCCUCCUCAUGGGCUGCUCUGUAUUCAUGACCUCAGUGCUGAAGUUUAUUCCAAUGCCGGUGCUGUAUGGAGUUUUCCUUUACAUGGGUGCAUCUUCACUGAGAGGAAUACAGUUUUUCGAUCGUUUGAGAUUGUUCGGGAUGCCAGCUAAACACCAGCCAGACUUCAUUUACCUGAGGCACGUUCCACUCCGAAAGAUUCAUCUCUUCACCAUCAUCCAGCUCAGCUGCCUGGUUCUCCUCUGGGUCAUCAAGACCUCCAGAGCCGCCAUUGUCUUUCCCAUGAUGGUGUUGGCACUGGUUUUCAUUAGAAAGCUGCUGGAUUUUAUCUUCACAAAGCGGGAGCUCAGCUGGCUCGAUGAUCUCAUGCCCGAGAGCAAGAAGAAGAAACUGGAGGACGCUGAGCGAGAGGAGGAGCAAAGUAUUUUGGCAGAGGAAGAAGGAAUCGUACAAGUGCCAUUGGAGGGACAUUACAAAGAUGAUCCUUCUGCUAUCAACAUCACUGAUGAAAUGUCUAAAGGCUCCUUUGGAAGCACUUGGAACUCCAAAACUGAUCUGAACACAAAAAGUCCCCUUUCCUAAGCUUGCAGAUGCUGAUCCCCAAAGCCUGUCUAAUAAGAAAGUGCACAAGGAGCGUUGAUGGAAAGAAGAUUCACUGUGUUCACUCACACACACACACACACACACACACACACACACACACACACACACUUACCUAGCUAUCCAAAUAGAUGUACUGUUUUUAAAUCAAUAGUUCACAAAAAUUUAUAUAUAUAUAUAUCAAAUAAUAUAUAUAAUAAAUAUAUCUGUUUAUUAAUUUUUCUUUUGCAAACCAUUCCUACUGGUAUAAAUAAUACACAUUAUAAUUGCUUCAGACUAACCCAUACAUAUGCUCAACCACUACGAAAAGUAUUCCUUUCACAUUUACUGUAUUUUAUAAUUUUCUGUAAGUUGUUACAGAUUUAAUUAACUUAUGAAGACUUUUGUUUGUUUGUUUGUUUUUUUUUGCAUUUUUUACCUUAAAGUAUUGCUAUAGUUAACAAGUAAACGCACAGUCUAAUAACUUGUUUGACACCUCGGCUCCCUGUCUUGUCUUGUGUUUCUGUAUUUUUAAAUUACACCUCAAUGCUAUGCUUUUUUAGCUUCUAGAUAUAAAGCCUGUAAAUACUGUAAUACCAGCAAAUAAAGUGGCGAUUGUUGUGUGGGAGAUGAGUAGAAAGUGUGGCAGAAUUGGAAAUUAUUUUCAAUUUUUAUUUGAAAUGCUCUUUGAAGUAUUUUAUAUGUUUUAUAUAUA